AUGCACAAGAGAUACCGUGCUCCCGCCACCGCAGGGCCCAUCUCGCCUCUGCUCCCUCUCCAGGCCCUCGCCUUUGGCCUGAUCCACCUCGUCUACCACCUCGUCCUGGCCGCCUCGCAGCUCAUCAAUGCCGCCCAGAGCCUCACCGCACGGAGCAGCGCCGCACACCAGUCAUCAAGCGCGCGAGCAGCAGUAGCAGCAGGGGCGGCAUUCCCUGGAAAGCUGCCGCGCCACCUCGCCGUCAUCUUGGCCCCGCCCGAGCCAGCAACGUGGCCCGCCAUCUACACCGCCUACCUCGUCGACCCGCUCGCCCGCAUCUUCCUCCCCGACCGAGCGACCGGGCAGCAUCUCGAAAAAGGGCGGCAAGCCUCUGCACCAUCCACCGCGCACACGACGGCUGCGGAUCUGGUGCAGCUCAUACGCCUGUCGUCCGAGGCGGGCAUCCCGACGCUCACCGUCUACUCGCCCACGCCCUUGUCGACCGAGACCCUGGUUGCUGCCGAGAACCUCUUGCGCCAGUCUGGCUGCAGGCUAGAGGGCGACCAGUGCAGUGCGGCGCCAGGGAUCGAUCAAGCAGCGCCGUCAACGAGUACUCCCGGACGGCGACGGCGGCGGCAGGCUUCGUCGUCGUCGAGCGGCGCGUCCGACGACGGCGAGACGAGCACGGCGGGCACGUCCAAGUCGGAAGACGAGACGCUGGCAUCGUCCAACACGUCGGUCAUGGGCGACGUGCCCGAUGAAGCGGCCAAAGGCGGCGAUGCCAAAGGCGCUGCCGGUCUCACGGUGCGCCUGGUCACGACGGGCGUCGGGCGGAUGCAGCGGCACCGCGAGGCGCAUGCGGCACCGACGGGCGGCGCGAGCAUCGACGUGGUGCUGCUGUCGCACGACGACGGCAAGCUCGAGAUGGCCAGGAGCGCCACCGAGUGGGCGCGGCAGGUGGGCCGAGAGUAUCUGCACAAGCUGCGCGAGGUGGCCGCUGCCGAUGGGACGGGGGACGAGGAGGGUGCGAGGGCGCUGCGCAAGAGGAUGGUGGCGACGCUGACGCCGGGCGAUCUGGACGAGUACCUGCUGCGGCAAGGGACGAUCUCGGAGCCCGACUUUCUGAUUGUGCAGGGCGCGCCGCCGCGGAUGCGCAAGCUUUACGGCUUCCCGCCUUGGCCGAUCCGACUGACGGAGCUGUAG